CCCGCAAUAAACCCAGCCCCGGAUGCAUGCGCGGCACACUGGUCGCUGCCGUCGCUGGCCGUGGGACCUCGGCCGCCUGUGCUUCAGGAUGGUUCGUGCUAAGAGCUGGACCCUAAAGAAGCUCUUUGUAGGCAAUCCUACUAGUAGUAACUUUGAGUUGAAGACAACUGAGCUCCCACCUUUAAAAAAUGGAGAGGUCCUGCUUGAAGCUUUGUUCCUCACGGUGGAUCCUUAUAUGAGAGUGGCGGCCAAAAGAUUGAAGGAGGGUGAUAUGAUGAUGGGGCAGCAAGUGGCCAGAGUUGUGGAAAGUAAAAACUCAGCCUUUCCGACAGGAAGUAUUGUACUGGCUUUUCAAGGCUGGACAACGCACUCCAUUUCUGAUGGGAAAGAACUGGAAAAGCUGCCUGCAGAGUGGCCAGAUACGUUACCACUGUCUUUGGCUCUGGGGACAGUUGGGAUGCCAGGUAAUGCAGCAGCAGGAGCAGUGGGCUCUGUCGUGGGGCAGAUAGCUAAGCUCAAGGGCUGCAAAGUUGUUGGAGCAGCAGGAUCUGAUGAAAAGGUUGCCUACCUUAAAAAGAUUGGAUUUGAUGUUGCCUUUAACUACAAGACAGUAGCGUCUUUGGAAGAAACUUUGAAAAAAGCCUCUCCUGAUGGUUAUGAUUGUUAUUUUGAUAAUGUAGGUGGAGAGUUUUCAAAUACUGUUAUCCUCCAGAUGAAGAAAUUUGGAAGAAUUGCUAUAUGCGGGGCCAUCUCUGUAUAUAAUCAUACUGGUCCACUUCCCCCAGGUCCAUCCCCAGAGCAUAUUAUCUAUCAGGCACUUCGCCUAGAAGGGUUCCUGUAUAGCAACUGGCAAGCAGAUGCCCGCCAGAAGGCUCUAAAGGACUUGCUGCAAUGGGUCUUGGAGCGUAAAAUCCAGUACCAUGAACACAUCACUGAAGGAUUUGAAAACAUGCCAGCUGCAUUUAUGGGGAUGCUGAAAGGAGAGAAUUUGGGAAAAGCCAUACUAAAAGUAUAAAAAAAAAAGACCCGGAAUCUGGAGAUCAUUUAGAUGUUUACUUAACUUGUUUAUUACCAUUUAGUAAAAGUGCAUACUGUCUUUAAUCAUCUAAGAAAUAGUAACUGUAAUGAGUUUGACCUGCCUAAUAAAAUACAUUUAAGUGUUAUUAA